AUGGAGCUGUAUACAGUGCUCGACUAUGAGCGACUCGCCAAAGAGAAACUGGUUAAAGAUGCAUGGGAGUAUUUUAACUACGGAAUGGGACGAAAGUGGUGCUUUCAGGAUAGCAUCGAGGCAUUUUCGAGAUAUCGAAUAAGAAGCCGGGUGCUUCAGGAUGUGUCUAAGCGUAGCCUAGCCACAUCAGUUCUUGGUCAGUCCAUUCCAUAUCCAAUCUGUAUUUCACCUACAGCCUGUCACUUCUUUGCUCAUCCUGACGGCGAAGAGGCAACGGCAAAAGCUGCAGAAGCUGCAGGAGCCUUGAUGGUACUCUCUUGCGAUGCAGGCUCUUCCAUGGAAGACGUGACCAUGGCAGCACCAGGAGGUCUCCGAUGGAUGGGCAUCUAUCCCUUUACAGAUCGCCAGCUCACAGAAUACACCAUCCGCAAAGCAGAGAAACUGGGAUUCAAGGCACUUGUUGUAACCGUUGAUUCACCUGUGCUAGGUAUAGUUGGCGCCGUGGCGGAACUAUUUGAACAGGACCAUGUGUUAAACCAUCCCUCCUAUCGCAUGCCUGUCUAUGAGGCAGACAUUCCAUCGGCUCGUGCUGCCAAACAGGAGAGCAUCAAAAACCACUUUGAGUACUUGAGGGAGAUGCAGUACAACCCGAAAGCCACUUGGGAAUACAUACGAUGGAUCAAGAAAGUCACUUCUUUGCCCGUUGUCUGCAAAGGCAUACUUACAGCUGAAUCUGCUUCAGAUGCUGCAAACGCAGGAGUGGAUGGGAUUCUUGUUUCAGCACACGGUGGAAGACAGCAGGAAAGCUCACCUGCUCCAAUCGAUGCAUUGGCCGAGGUAGUCGAGGCUGUACAUGGUCGAGGAGUUGAGGUCUACAUGGACGGAGGAGUCAGGACAGGAACUGAUGUCUUCAAGGCUCUUGGAAGGGGUGCAAGGGCCGUGUUCCUAGGCAGACCAAUCCUAUGGGGACUUGCUUGUCAGGGUCCUGAGGGGGUUACAAAUGUACUUCAGAUUCUUCGCGACCAACUUGACGCAAUCCUCGCUUUGGCUGGUUGUAUAUCCCCGAACGACAUCCCACCUGGAACUGUGGUUCAUGAAUCAUACUAUCAUAUGAACAGAGGGAUAUCGCAAUAACGCAGUAAAAUUGCUAAAGCGUAGACAU